CUCCUCCUCCUGGCGAGGGUGGGAAGCGUCAGCUUGCGUGCUGGGCGCGCGCCGGCUCAUUUCUCUGGCCGUGCCCCAAAGCCGCCGAGCGGGUCCUCGCUUUAGUCCCCCUUUUUCUCCGCGCCUCUUUUUCGACCCGCUUUGCCUUGUCGGGAAGGACCGUCGGCCGCCUCCGUCUCGCCACCUCGGCUCCUUUCCUCCGCACCCCCGUUUUGUUUUUUUUUCCCCUUGAGGGCCGUCACUGGCGUUUGCUCCGCUUUCCCUCCGGCCCCGCUUGGUGCUUCAACCGCCGCCGAGGAGGAGGAGGAGCGGGAGCCAACAUGGCGAAAACUGAGCAGGUCUUGAUCCUGGAGCCGCAGCAUGAGCUCAAAUUCAAAGGUCCCUUCACAGAUGUUGUCACCACAAAUCUGAAACUUGGCAAUUCAACAGAUAAAAAUGUCUGUUUCAAGGUGAAGACUACGGCUCCACGCAGGUAUUGUGUACGACCCAACAGUGGAAUUAUAGAUGCUGGAACGUCAAUUAAUGUCUCUGUGAUGCUACAACCUUUUGAUUAUGACCCUAAUGAGAAAAGUAAACAUAAGUUCAUGGUCCAGUCGAUGUUUGCACCACCUGAUACUUCAGACAUGGAGGCAGUAUGGAAAGAAGCAAAACCAGAAGAACUCAUGGAUUCUAAACUUAAAUGUGUGUUUGAGCUGCCAGCAGAAAACGAUAAACCCCAUGAUAUAGAAAUAAAUAAAAUUAUAUCCCCAGUUGCAUCAAAGACAGAAUCUGUAAUGUCAAAAUCAUUAAGUUCUUCUUCAGAUGAAAGUGAAUUGAAGAAAGUAAUGGAAGAAUGUAAGAGACUGCAGUUAGAAGUUCAGAGGUUACGAGAGGAGAAUAAACAAUUUAAGGAAGAAGACGGACUGAGGAUGAGGAAGACACCCCAGUCAAACCAUCCAAGCUAUGUUUCUGCCACCGCUGUGAAGGAGGAGGGUCUCAGCACAAGAUUACUCGCGCUGGUGGUUUUGUUCUUUAUUGUUGGCGUAAUUAUAGGGAAAAUCGCCUUGUAGAGGCAGCAUGCAGAGAAUUGUAAAUCAAAUUGAUGGAUUUGCCAUAUCAUUGGAUUAAAUUUAUUCGUAACAAAUGUUUUAAAAAAAGUGUAUGACAUCUCACAGGUCUUGCCUUUUAAAAUUUUUACCCCUGCACAAAUAUAACAUUAGCAUAACAUAAUCUACUAAAACGUUUAAACUGUAUACAGAGUAAGCAGAAGAGAGAAGGAAUUAUCUUGAUUGUGAGGAGAGAGGAAGGAAUCAUGUAUUUAACACUAUGAAAAGUGCAUUGUUUAAAAAAAAAGUACCUUAAGCAUUUCUUGGGACUUUGAAAUCUAUUCCUAGAGUUCUCCCCUUUGGAGAAAUAAAUGUCCGUCCUUUGGAGGAGUUUGUUUUGUUCUUUAGAAGUUGGUUUAAGUUGCCAAGGUGGAUGGUUUUCUGUAAAAUAUACCUAAGCCACCCUGUCUCCUCCAUAAACCUAACGGUUCUGCCCAAUGGGUGUAUCUGGUCUCCAAAUCACAGCAGUGUAUCUCAUUAAUCCGGUGUUGAUUCCAUUAUGAAUUAUACAAGCAUGGCCGUCUUUCUCCAGCUCCCAUGUCAUCUUGUGCAGUUGUGGAGGAAUAGAACAAAGAAAAGGAAGAGAGGAGGACUCGGGACAGAUUCACGGGCCAGGAAGGGGAAUCGGGACCUUCUGAAUUGACAACACUGCUGCACUUGGUCCCUGCCAGUCUGUGUAUGGCUUGGGCAUCACCAAAGCUUCUGGAAUGUUUUAACUAUGGGGAGAAAUAGAGAAAUAGAAAUAGAGAGGCUCAAUUGCACGCUUACAGUUCUUUUGGAGUCAUAGUGAAGGAAAUAAAAUGGCUUACUGUGGGCUUGAAAAUGUGGGGUGCCCAAAACCUGGUCGCCUUCAGAGAAUACAUUGCACUAAAGUGCUCCAAGCUGAAUUGAGGGUGUGGCACUUAUUCAGACUGGCUUUGCAGUAAGAGGGAGCAUUAUAUGCUGCUAUUGCAGUUAGAAAUCCCCCCCCCCUUUGCAGUUAAUCUGAUCAGAUAAAAUUCCUUUUGACCUUCUGUUUUCUGAUCCAGGUGUGAGUGUUAAUGGGGA